CUCCUCUCAUAUAAAAUGAACCUUCUCCCGCUACUUUGUCUGAUACCUUCUGUGAUAGGGCAAAUGUUUUCCGUCAACGCUUCGAAAAAUGGUAGUAGUGGUGUUUUUACGUCACCUGGUUAUCCUGGAAAUUAUCCAAACGAUGCAAAUUACACAUGGACCUUGACAACUGGAGAUUCCAACGCAACGGUCGUAAUAAACAUUACUGACUUCAGUGUGGUAAAGUACGAUGGAACUCCAAAGUGUGAGGAUUAUUUACAGAUAGAGAAAAUAGAACCGAAAUACCAGCUAAUUAUAAAGAGAUGUGGUGAUAUCGGUCCAUUUAACCUUGAGCGCAAUGGAAACAUUUUCGUCGUAACAUUUGUGUCGGAUAGCAUUCACAACGCUAGAGGAUUUUAUUUGUCCUGGAAAGUAUACAUCAGCCAUACAACUACAACAAAACCAACGACGACAACAAAAGAAAUAACAAUCAAGACAACAGAAGAACGAACGACGACAACAUCAGAAACAAUCAAAACAACAACACCAAGAACAACAAAUUCACUAAAUCAAAUUAUAAAAACAACAAGGGGGAUCCAUGCAUUGUCAUCAGUUUUGUUGACUUUGAACCAAAAACAACCGAUGACACAUACAAAUGGUUUAUUUACAAGGGAUACAGAUGCGUAUGUAGCAAACAACAAAGCACACUCAACGACAGAGAAGCGAGGAACAAUGCUCACCAAAACUGACUCAAUGAAGAAGACCACUAUCUUGAUAACAGCGCAACAAAUCACUAAACAGAACAAAGCUAUAGAACCAUUGGGGACAAACGAGAUAAUCUUUUUAGUCGCUGGGAUAGGCGUGGUAGAGCUUACAUUGGUCGCAUUAGGAAUAUACGUUGUAAAACAAAGACGGGCAAACAAAAGACAUCUGAAUGCUUGGAAAUCUGACAAGGAGAAAAAUCGUCCAGUCUCGCGCAAAUCAGUGACCAGUGUUGGCAACAUCUACGAGAGCAUUCCUAUGGAACACUUCUCUAUUAAAGACGCCAUACCGGAAGAAGAUGAAAGUGUGUAUAUUGAAGUGCCUGAACAUAUGUACGACAAAACCUUUGAACAUAGACCACGUGUCAACGUCAACGCAAAUUUGUAUCAAUUAAUAUCAGAACUGAAGACGAAAAAUAGAUAAAACCAGUAUUUUUGUUAUAGUGUAUAUGCGGCCGCUGUAACAUUCUCAAUCGUUUGCGCAUGUACUGAUACAUUUGUGAAUGUUUUUACAAUCAAAUGAUUGAUCUCUUUUUCUACAAACCUUCUUAUCCUCGAUAUGUUUCAAAUGGCCAAGCAAAUCAUUACUAUUUUAAAAGCAUAAUUAUGUUUCUAAAUAAGGUCCUUUAUUUCAUCCUUGUUUAUAAAGUUUAUAUAAGUAUAUACAUGUAUGUUUACUAUGUUUAUUGCGUCGAAAUUUAUUUAAGCUUGUAAAACUGUAAAUGCAGAAAGCACCAAAGACCUCUACUUGGAAUAUUAAAUGAUACUUCCUCAUUAAUUAAUUAAUUUAAUUAGUGAAUCACUCGGUGGUAUAAAUAUCCAUUUUUUAAAAUAUGAUAUAUGGGGAAAACCCAAAUAGAACCUUUUAAUUGUUUUGUGAUAUCUUUUUUUUAGUUUAAAACUUUUGGACCGUGUGUUAAAAAUUAAAAUGCAAAAUAGGUCAAUA